AUGAUCCCACAUGGGAUAAAUGACACAGUUACAGAUAAGUUUUGGCUAAAGCAGCAAGAUUUACUCAACUUUGUAAAAGAUCAGGGAAGUUUCGUGAGAAACUACCUGGACUCUCUAACACUACCCGAGAAACAAUCAACUCUUCAGCAACUAGGCAAGUUUGCGGUUUACGUUAUUGAAGGAAUGGAACUUGUACAAGCAGAGAGAGAUAGUAACAACAAACCGGCGCAAAAAGUUGCACCGCCAGUAAUGCCAUCAGAACUGGUUUUGGUGAACCCACGGGAUUUUGGUGAGAACAUUUUGGAGCCCCGCCGUGCUCAGCUGAUGAAGUUUUGGUCGCUUACCCAAAUCGAAGCAGCAGAACGCGAGCAUCGAGAAUUAUUCCUUGCAAAUAAGAUUGAUGAUUCAGUAAGAUCAGCGUUGGACAAAGAGGAUUACAACACGAGCUUCAAUGAUGGCUGGGAUAUACUUGAAGAGGCAGUGAAGCCUAAAACAUAUUCGCACCUUCGUCAAUUCUGCUGUGGUUUGGCAACUGUAUUUGCUAACACGGCGUCAGUCGAAUCCGACUUUUCGGUACUGAAGUGGGAGCUGAACGACCGUCGCACUGCAUUGACGUCAUUGGCAUUGGAGGGUAUAUUCCAGGCUAAACAGUUCGACCAACUCAGCAAACUAAGCGAGCGAAAGUAGCAGGGUAGCUUUAAACCGCCGAUGUGCCGGUAUUAAGAUUUCUAUGGUGCCUGUAUUAAGCUAAUAUAACACAUUCCGC